AUGUAUAACACUAGGAGAUCCGCCUACUUGAACUCAUGCAGUACCGCUAUGGAGCUGGCGCCGCAGAGCAUGCAUCAGAAUUGGCGAGACACGGAGUACAAUAACACAAAUGGUGGAAAUAAUGAACUUGAUUUGUCAGACAUGCCUAUGUUUGGCAACGACAAGGAUGAUCCCUUCUACGACGACAAUGGAGGAAGUGGAAGUGGUGAAGAGCAAAGUACAGUAAAAGAGAAAGGCGGGAACAAGAAAUCGACCCGGAAACGAGCCAAUACCACAUCCAGCAAUGGUGGAAAUGAGAAAACGGAGAGCAAGAGAACGGCGAACAAGGUGUGCCGAGUAUGCGGCGACAAAGCGUUCAGCUACAAUUUCAAUGUGAUCACCUGCGAGUCGUGUAAAGCGUUCUUUCGGCGCAACGCCAACAAAGAGAAAGAGAUUCGGUGUCCGUUCAACGAGCAGUGCGAGAUCAACAUGGUUUCGCGCCGGUUUUGUCAACGAUGCCGGCUCACCAAGUGUUUUUCAGUGAGUAGGGAUGUUGGAAUGAAGAAAGAGUGGAUCAUGUCGGAGGAGGCACGUCUAGAGAAGAAGCAAAGAGUCGAGGAGAAUCGAGAAAAGAGAAUGCUGGAUGCAAUCAAAAACGAGAAUGAAAACUCACAAGGACAAUCUCAACAGCAACAACACAUGCAACAAGAUGAGAAUAUGUACGACGACUCGCCAAACUCCAACGAAAUGUCUGUUAGACAAUUUUUGGCUAACGAGGAGAAUAUUCAUAUUCCUCCUCUGCCGCAUAACAUGGGAAAUGAUAUGGGAAUGCAUUACUAUCAAGAUGGACCAUCCGAUAUUGGAUAUAGCAAUGAUUACGACUACCCAAUGAACCAAUGCCCAUCGUCUGGCAACAACCCGAUGGACCUCAUUGAUAAUUUCGGUGCUACUACUAUUGCUGAUAAUGGUUCCUCACCACCUAACAAAUCAGCAGUUGCCUCUGCUGCUGCGCCUCCUCAACUUCCCGCCCAACCAAUGAUGGAUAUGGAAUCGAAACCGCUCGCUCCCAACGUCCUUUUCUCUGCUUCUAUGUCUGCUAUUAAGGAUGUCGCAGCUAUCAUGUCCAACGGCGAAUCCAACAAUUUAGGAAUGGUCCCAACAGACGUCGUCAACGAGAAUUUGCUGAAUGUAGCUCAAGCGGCUGUUCAAGCUCAAGCCAUUGUCAACCAUACCCAACAGCUCGCCGCAGCAGUGGUCGCUCAACAAGUUGCUGCUAUCGCUCCAGUUAUCCCAACUGUAUCCCCAUUGGACCCCCUUUUGACGCCCGCUCUAAUAUCCGCUCCAGCAAUCGCUACUCCAUUGGCACCUGCCAUAACCGCCCCCAUCAACGCGCCAAUUACCGCUGCUCUCGCCGCGCCAAUUGUCCCACCUAUGCAAGUCCCAACGCUUCCUACUCCUAUGAACCCAGGCAUCCCCAUCAUCCCAAAAGAGAUGCCAGUGAGCGUCAAUCUUCUAAAUCAACUUGAACAGACGCCAUCUGAGAUGGUAACUGUCCCUAAGGACAUGCUUAUGAGGUUAAUACAGAAUAAUUCGAGAACCCAAGCGUGUACAUGUACUUGCAUGUGUGGUCGUUAUCCACCAGGUUCAUGUAUCGUGGAUGAGGUGACAAAAGAUCUGAUGAACGGUGGAAGCUCAAAUAGUAGCAAUGCAACGGAAAGAGAUCAAGCAAGUCUGGAAACAACAGAAGACAUGCAGAUGAACGGUUUGCUACCAGGAGAUGCCAACUCUUCGAUCACAUGGCUUAGCCAACAAUCUUCGGCUCAAAAUGUGGUGGAUCCUAUAACCCACUCAAUGUCAGCAGAGGAAGCUCAUAACCAACGAGAGCGAAGAGAUUCAAUUUUUGGCGCUUACUCAAUGGCUGAAACAGUUGAACCUUCCCAACCAAAGAGUGUCCAAGAAGAAACGUUCUGGGAGCACACGAUUGCUGAAAACGAGUCGAGAGAACUGUCCGAGGAGGAAGUAGAAAAAAUGGAAGAGCUAACUGAAAUUUCAAAUUGCUGGAUGAGCGCUGGUUUGGACAAUUUACCAAUUUUGGAGUUAUUCACUGAGAAAAAUGUGUCCAUUAUUGUGAACGGGCUGAAACUUCUUUCUUCGUUCCGAUUCUUGCCAAAACAAGACAAGAGAACAGUGAUAAAGCGUGGAAUUUUCCACUAUUGUGUUGUCAAGUGGAUGCAACACAAGGAAACAAUGUUCUUGGAAAAACUGAAUGACCGACAGAAAGACGAUUUUAUGGACCUUAUCAACCGAGAAGAGUUCAACUACAGAAUCCAACCGGGAGCUUUCAAUACUCUAGCAAUCAGUGUUCUAUUCCACAGUGGGGCUGCUAAGCCAAUCUCCACUGAAGUGUAUAUGGAGCAUUUGCUAUUCAAGAAACUUCUUGACAAAAAUCUACCCAUCAAAGUGUCCAGCAACACAGUAUUCAACAGCUACUACCCAGCAAUUGAAAAGGCUGCUGGUCAUCUCAUCAAACUCACUGGAGGCAUUUCGGAUCGACUCGUCCGUUACGCUGUUUCUUAA